AUGAUACAAGGCAUCCAUGCGAACGAACAAUUGCUGCAACACCAGCAAUCAGCAGCCGAACCAGCAGUCCAAUGGCAGCAACCACCUCCGAGAUUCAUGAAAUGUAAUGUUGACGCAAGCUUUUAUGACACGUCUGAAGCAACCAGACGUGGAUGGUGUUUACAUGACUACCGAGGACGAUUUAUACUUGCCGGAACUAAUCUCAUGCAUACCAAACUCAACAGUUUGGAAGGUGAAGCCAUGACAAUUAAAGAAGCAAUAGAAGAAAUGAUGCAAAGAGGUUUAUCCUACGUUAUCUUUGAAAGGGACUCAAAAGUAGCAGUUGAUGCUAUUCAUUCUAGGCAUGAUGGAUUAUCCGAGUUUAACAUUUUAAUUUCUCAUAUUAAGAAUUUACUUAUGUCGAAUAACAACGAGGUCAAGUUUGUAAGCGACAAACGAAUAGGGUUGCUCACUCCUUAG